AUGUCUAUGGAUCUUACUGGUAUUACCGAAGUUGCAACUAAAGCUGUGAAUAAUAUCACUGUACUAAAAGGUGGUGUAGCAUUAUCACCAAUAAAUUAUAUUUUACGUACCUAUGCUUAUUUGGCUAUUGGUACAGUGCUCACUUUAAUCAACAUUCCCGUCUUUCUACUUGUGAUAACGAAUAAAGCACUCAGGGAUUCGUAUUUAAUUCUUGGUGUUAUAUCUUUCAACAAUGGAUUUACUGGAAUUGGUGCAAUAUUACUGGGAAUGAAAAGAUUAAUUGAUACCAGUGUUGGAGAAUGGGAUAUCAAUCAUCAUUAUUGCGCAAUGAAUGUGCCUAUCCUUCUGAUUACAGCAUAUUUUCUGAAUGGAAUGAGUUUAUUUAUGAAUAGCGUGGAAAGAUUUUCUGUUAUAGCAUUCCCAAUAUAUUACUUUACUCAUAAUACACGAAUAAGCUAUUCAUUAAUUAUCAUACAAUAUUUAACAACAAUCAUUGUAAUAACUAUAACUGCCGUUGCAACAUACAUUGAACCAGCUAGAACUAUAUCUAAUUUUUGCUUGAAAUUCGGAGCACAGUUUCUAUCAAGUCAUUCACCUAAUCGUGAUUUGUCAAAUUUUCUCAAAAAACAAAAACGAUACACUCAAACGGCAUUGAUCUCUUGUUGUUUUACAAUUUUUCUUGUUGUGAUACCAUCAAUAGUGCAAUAUAUUUAUAUAUUGGAUGAAACUACAAAAUCACGAACCAUUGUAAUUGUUUCCGUAUAUUUACCUUUCUUAAAUUCACUUAAUGUGAUAAUGUUUUUCGUAUUUCGUCAAGGUGAUUUUCGACGUGCUGCAAUUCAUAGUAUCAAAGGAUUAUUCCAUGGACAGGAACAUCAAAUUCAACCGGUAACUGGUUUUAGAUGA